AUGGAUCUACUACGAUCAGAACCUAUGCAACUUGUUCAAUUAAUCAUUCCAAUUGAAGCAGCUCAUCGAUCCAUUUCUUACCUUGGUGAUCUCGGUCUUUUUCAAUUCAAAGAUCUUAAUGAAAAUAAAAGUCCAUUCCAACAAACUUACGCUUCCCAGGUUAAAAGAUGUGGGGAAAUGACUCGUACAUUACGAUUAUUUAAGGAACAAAUGAUGAAGGCAGGUAUAUCUCCUCCAACACGGUCAACAAAGGACAGUGGUCUUGAUCUAGAAAAAUUGGAGGUUAAAUUAAAAGAACUUGAAGCUGAGCUACUCGAGAUUAACGCAAAUAACGAGAAGUUGCAACACACAUACAAUGAGCUUGUAGAGUAUAAACUUGUUUUAGAGAAGGUUGGAGAAUUUUUCUCUUCAGCACAAAACAAUGCUGUAGCUCGGCAAAGAGAGCUUGAAGUUCAACCAAUUGUUGAAACUUCUAUUGACAGCCCAUUAUUAAUGGAACAAGAUGCAACAUGUCCAAUAAAGCAUAUUAAACUGGGGUUUAUAAGUGGUCUUGUCUCUAGGGAAAAAUCAAUUCCUUUCGAAAGAAUUUUAUUUCGUGCAACUAGAGGAAAUGUGUUUCUAAAGCAAGCUAUUGUUGAUCAUCAUGUUCAAGAUCCUUUGUCAGGAGAUAAGGUUCACAAAAAUGUAUUUGUUAUAUUUUAUUCGGGAGAAAGAGUUAAAAGUAAAAUUAUAAAAAUUUGUGAUGCUUUUGGAGCAAAUCGUUAUCCUUUUUCAGACGAAUUGGGUAAACAAUUUCAGAUGAUGACAGAGGUGUCAGGAAGAAUUGCAGAAUUAAAGACAACAAUUGAUGCAGGUUUGCUUCACCGGAGCACUUUGUUACAAAAAAUUGGAUAUCAAUUUGAGUCGUGGAACCUUCUGUUAAAGAAGGAAAAAUCCAUUUAUCGCAUUCUAAAUAUGCUAAACAUUAAUGUGACAAAGAAAUGUCUCCUUGCAGAAGGUUGGUGUCCUAUAUCUGCAGCAAGACAGAUUCAAAAAGUAUUGUUGCAGGCAACUAUGGAAUGUAACUCUCAAGUGGGAACAAUAUUUCAGGUUUUGCAAACAAAGGAGUUACCACCCACCUAUUUUUACACUAACAAUUUUACUUGUUCUUUUCAAGAAAUUGUAGAUGCCUAUGGAAUUGCCAAGUACCAGGAAGCAAAUCCUGGUGUAUACACAAUCAUCACGUUUCCAUUCCUUUUCGCUGUAAUGUUUGGUGAUUGGGGUCAUGGCAUAUGCUUACUACUAGUCACUUUGUAUUUCAUAAUCAAUGAGAAAAAAAUUUCUUCUCAGAAACUUGGUGACAUAUUAGAAAUGGUUUUUGGGGGAAGAUAUAUUAUUAUGAUGAUGGCGCUCUUCUCGAUUUACACCGGAUUGAUAUAUAAUGAAUUCUUCUCCAUUCCAUUUGAACUAUUUGGACCAACUGCAUAUGGAUGUCGUGAUCCUUCGUGCAGGGAUUCUACUACAAUAGGUUUGAUAAAAGUGCGCGACACUUAUCCAUUUGGUGUGGAUCCUAAAUGGCAUGGUACUCGGAGUGAACUUCCAUUUCUUAACUCUUUGAAAAUGAAGAUGUCAAUUCUACUUGGAGUAUCCCAAAUGAAUCUUGGAAUCAUAUUGAGUUACUAUAAUGCCAAAUACUUUGGAAACAACAUAAAUAUCUGGCACCAAUUUGUUCCCCAAAUGAUAUUCUUAAACAGCCUAUUUGGCUACCUUUCACUCCUCAUAAUUGUAAAAUGGUGCACUGGAUCACAGGCUGACUUGUAUCAUGUGAUGAUAUACAUGUUCCUAAGUCCAACAGAUGAUUUAGGUGAAAACCAACUCUUUGUUGGCCAAAAGUUCUUUCAAGUUACAUUACUACUUUUGGCACUCAUUGCUGUACCAUGGAUGUUGUUACCAAAACCCUUUCUUUUGAAGAAACAACAUGAAGAAAGGCAUAAAGGUCAAUCUUACUCUUUGCUCUACAGCGGGGAGGAUCCUCUUGAAUCAGAAUCACAUAGUAUUCACCUUGAUCACAAGGAGUUUGAAUUCAGCGAGAUUUUCGUGCACCAACUUAUACACACAAUUGAAUUUGUGCUUGGAGCCGUGUCUAAUACAGCUUCGUAUCUUCGUUUAUGGGCUCUCAGUCUAGCUCAUUCGGAGUUAUCAAGCGUUUUCUAUGACAAAGUUCUGCUUCUCGCUUGGGGGUAUAACAACACCAUUGUUCUCAUUGUUGGAAUUAUUGUUUUUAUAUGUGCAACUGUUGGUGUCUUACUAGUAAUGGAAAGUCUAAGUGCUUUCUUACAUGCUUUGAGACUUCACUGGGUAGAGUUCCAAAAUAAAUUUUAUGAGGGAGAUGGUUAUAAGUUCUCCCCAUUUUCAUUUACAUCGCUUACCGACGAGGAUGGAAUAUAGUAGUUGUU